AUGUCGCAAAAACUAUUGGAAAAUAAUUAUUUGCAUACUACAAAGGUAUCGAAAGCCAUGCAGGCGAGAGAAUCCAUAACACUCUUCUUCCGCAGCAUUGAGAAGAACUUCAAUCCCAUUUACAUUGACAGCUUCAUCAGCAACAUCACUAUCGAUCGCAAAACCAUAAAUGUGUCUUUAAAUCAAAUUAGAGAUGUGCCAGUGGAUUUCUGGAUGAAAGUAGCUAUACUCUAUAAGCAGCAAUCUUCGAAGACAUAUCGUUCCAUGGUAUCUUUUAACAUCAAUGUGUGCGAUAUGCUGCGCAGCGAGUUGAAUCAUCAGAGUUUGGUGCAUCUGUGGUUUGCGAAUUUGCUGAAGUACAGUAAUAUGCCGCGCACGUGUCCUUGGAAAGCGGGCUCCUAUCACUGGCAUAAUUUACGUCCAGAACCCGAUAGCAUACCGAAAUUCAUAUCAACUGGCUUAUAUCGCGUCGAUGCUAAAUUCUAUUUGAAGGCAUCAAAGAAUGAUCUUUAUACAAAUAUGACAAUCAUCUUUGAAACGCAUCGGAAAUGA